ACAGAAGAAUUCCGGAACGACGAGUCAUUGCUGCAUGAAAUCUACGUUUUCUUUUUUGCGAUUUUUCCAAAACGAAGUAAAAACGAGCAUAUCUCUAAAGGACUUUUUAUUUUUGAUUUAUCAUCCCCUACACGCUCCCGAAGUUUGGACAUUUAAAUUCGGGACACCCUGUAUUUUACACUUUUAUCUUGUAUGCUUCCACUUUCAGGCAGCAAAAAUAUUUGCGGAGCAAUUAUUGGAACUUCACAGGGGACAAGGAAUGGAAAUUUAUUGGAGGGACCAUUUCAUCUGUCCGAGUGAGGCUGACUACAAAACUAUGAUAAGAAAAAAGACUGGUGGGCUUUUCACUCUGGUGGUAAGAUUAAUGCAACUAUUUUCAUCUUACAAAGAAGACUUUUCGACGCUGAUAACUAAUUUAGGAUUAUAUUUCCAAAUACGCGACGAUUAUUGCAAUUUGUGUCUUAGUGAAUACACAGAAACUAAGAGUUACUGCGAGGAUUUAACUGAAGGAAAAUUCAGCUUUCCGAUUAUCCAUGCGCUUACAACCAAUCCCGACGAUAGGCAAAUAAGAAAUAUUCUGAGACAACGACCCAAAGAGAUCGAAGUGAAACGUCACUGCGUUCAAUUGUUGGAGAAGUUUGGCUCUUUUGAGUAUACGAGAAGAGCGCUCGAAGAAUGGGAUGCAAAAACGAGGAUUGAAAUUGAACGUCUUGGUGGAAAUCCGCUCUUGAAAAAAAUUUUAGACAGCCUGAAAAACUGGAACUAAAAAAUCUGUUAAUUGGCCUAAAGAUCUGUUAAUUGGAAUAAUUUUAAGUUUUAGAUCGUUUGUAUAUAUCUGUGUUACAUGCAAUCAAGUAGUGCAAGAGUUUUUAUUUUGCUUAUAGAAUUUUUUAAUGGAACGUUACUAUUUUACAAUCAGAAUUAAAUGAAACAAUUAGCAUGCUUUGUUAUAUUUGGAGAAAGGCUCUGUUUGUUCUGUAAUAUAAAAAUUGAUGAAAUCUUCUUCAGCUUUUUCGUAAAUCACAGAAAAGGAUACUUUCAAGAAAUGUUUAUUAGCAAUAAUGACGUGUGUACAAUAAUUUAAUUUUAACAUACCGGAUGAUCGUCUUAUCAAGAAAUUUUACAGUUAUUUGUACGUGUCCAUGCGAUUACAUAUUGUACAUUUGUACCUGUUAUGUGUGUUCUGAAGUACAUGGUAUAUAGAAAA